UCUCUGCCCCCUGAGCAGGAGGCAGCAGACAACGAAAAUAGUGAAAAUUCAAUCAACUGUAAACUUUAAUUGUAAAAUUAGUGCGCUACCGUAACUUCCCCGGAACAAUCGUGGAGCAACGUGUGUCCAGUGGUAUAUUAACAAUCCGUCAAAAUUGAGUCCCAGGGGGAAUCGUCCAGGAUGUCGGGUGACCAAAAAACCCUCAUCAAGGGCAACCCAUCGCAGUACGUGAAGCUGAAUGUAGGCGGAUCGCUACACUACACGACCAUCGGAACCCUCUGCAAGCAGGACACCAUGCUCAGGGCCAUGUUCAGCGGCCGGAUGGAAGUGCUGACCGAUUCCGAAGGAUGGAUCCUCAUCGAUCGAUGCGGUACUCACUUCGGUACGAUCCUGAACUUCCUGCGCGAUGGAAGCGUUGCUCUCCCGGAGACCACCAGAGCGAUUGCCGAACUGCUAGCUGAGUCCAAGUACUACUGCAUCGAAGAGUUGGGCGAAGCGUGCGAGAAGGUACUAGCCAAAAAGGAACGGGAAUCCCGAGAAUCGGAACCAAUUUGUCGCGUUCCGUUGAUAACGUCGCAGAAAGAAGAGCAAUAUUUGAUAACAACGGCCACCAAACCAGUCGUGAAGCUGCUGAUCAAUCGUCACAAUAAUAAAUACAGUUAUACAAACACCUCGGAUGACAAUCUGCUAAAGAACAUCGAACUGUUCGACAAGCUCUCGUUGCGAUUCAGUGGCAGAGUGUUCUUUAUUAAGGACGUCAUAGGCUCUAGCGAGAUUUGCUGCUGGUCGUUCUACGGCAAUGGGAAGAAAGUGGCAGAAGUGUGUUGCACUUCCAUCGUGUAUGCAACGGAUAAAAAACACACCAAGGUAGAGUUCCCGGAGGCGCGCAUUUUCGAAGAAACUCUCAACAUCCUGCUGUACGAGAACAAAAACGCUCCCGAUCAGGAGCUGAUGCAGGCCACUUCACUUCGAGGCGCCGUAGGCGGAAUCUCGUCCUACACGAGCGACGAAGAAGAGGAACGCACCGGUUUGGCUCGAUUGCGCUCCAACAAGCAGAAUAAUCCCACAUGAUUCACACAUCAGCUGGUUCUGAGGAAAAAGUUGUUGCCAAAGAGAAACUGAAUGGAAGAAUUAGCUGCUUGCGUUUCCGUUUUGCGCCCUUUUAAUAGAAGCCAACAGCUGCGAGCAACAGGACAAUUUUUAAUUAUAUAUUACUGGGGGUUUGUUUGUGUGUAGGAGGAUACUAUAUUAUACUUUACAAUGCGUAAAAGAAAUCAUCUUGAUGGAAUUGUCGCUAAAAUCAAGUAGGUUUGGUUUUAACGAACAUUUCUUACACAUUCGUCACGGCUAAAAUAAAGGCUAGAAAACUAGAUUUGGCGAAUUCCAGUGUUCCAUUUUUCAAAACUAAUGUACGUACACGUAAAGUCGUAUGGAAGUCUAUUACAACACGUGUAUUAUUGUUUCCUCAAUCCUAGAUUUCUCUUUCGCUGCUUUUGCGAUAUAUGUAUGUGUGUAUUUGUGUACCCCAAUUCCUUAUAAUAAUACGAAUAUUCAAGUGACAAUUCGCAUGAUAGGUUAAUGACCCUAUAAUAGAUUUGCUGUUUCAAGAAAUAUCCUGCAUUAUCAAGGCAUGUGCGUAUUUGUAGUGAAUCGACGGCUCUAAAGUAGUUUUGUUUCACGGUUUACUAAAACUUGUGUUGCAACUAUAAAAAAAUAACUACCUAUGGCAUAAAAAUAAUCACAAUAAAAUUUUAGGAAAUGUUGAAAUUGUAA